AAUUUGUAGUUCUUAACCCGCGUGUCGCCUUCAAGAUGGCGCUCCUAAAAACUACAAACCGCCGGUCAGUUUUUGUCCGCCACCAUCACAUUUCCCGCCGUGGGGAAAAGGAAGCGGCGCCACAGCAAAGUAACCGUCAUACUUUAACGCUGCACAUUCUGCCUCUUUCCACCAUGCCCCGCAUUGAGAAUGACAUCAAGCUGGACUUCAAAGAUGUGCUGCUUCGUCCAAAGCGAAGCACGCUGAAGUCUCGGAGUGAGGUGGACCUGAUGAGGAGCUUCAACUUUAGAAACUCUAAGGGCAGCUACAGAGGGAUCCCCAUCGUCGCUGCUAACAUGGACACAGUGGGGACGUUUGAAAUGGCCUUAGCUCUGCAUCAGUUCUCUCUCUUCACUACAAUUCACAAACAUUACACUGUGGAUGAGUGGGUGGAGUUUGCAGCCAAGCAUCCUGAAUGUCUGGAGAGCCUAGCAGUCAGCACAGGGACUGGUGAGGGGGACUUUGAGAAGAUUUCAACCGUCUUGACAGCAGUGCCUCAGCUGCAGUACAUCUGUGUAGAUGUGGCCAAUGGCUACUCUGAACACUUUGUCCACUUUGUCAAAGAUGUCAGACAGAAGUUUCCCAAUCACACUAUAAUGGCAGGAAACGUGGUGACAGGAGAAAUGGUGGAGGAGCUGAUCCUGGCCGGUGCGGACAUCAUCAAAGUAGGCAUCGGACCAGGCUCUGUGUGUACCACUCGCAAGAAGACAGGGGUGGGUUACCCCCAGCUCAGUGCUGUGAUCGAAUGUGCUGAUGCAGCCCAUGGCCUGGGAGGUCACAUCAUCUCCGAUGGGGGGUGUACUUGUCCAGGAGAUGUCUCAAAGGCAUUUGGUGCUGGAGCAGACUUUGUGAUGCUGGGGGGUAUGCUCGCUGGCCACUCAGAGAGUGGGGGCGAGGUCAUUGAAAAGAAUGGGAAGAAAUACAAGCUGUUCUAUGGAAUGAGCUCUGACACGGCGAUGAAGAAACAUGCAGGAGGCGUGGCCGAGUACAGGGCAUCUGAAGGGAAGACGGUGGAGGUCCCUUACAAAGGCCCAGUGGACGAGACAAUAAAGGACAUACUGGGAGGGGUUCGCUCCACCUGCACCUAUGUCGGUGCAGGCAAGCUGAAGGAGCUGAGCCGCAGGACCACCUUCAUCAGAGUCACCCAGCAGCUCAACACAGUCUUCGGCAGUGGCAGCUGAAGACGCAGCUCAGCUACAGCAUCUGUCUGCAAAACUGACUGACCAAGUAAACAGAUGCGUUUAUUCAAACCUAAAUAUGGUUCUUUGUUUCCUGUUGUUAAUUGACAAAGUUUUAGUGAGUUCAAAAUUCGAAAAGACUGAAAUAUGUUCAUUUCACAGAGACCAGUGAGUGUUUUAGGGACCGGCUUCUCUACAGAAAAGAUAGUAACUCUUCACCUCUUUCAUGAUUCCACUGUCACCUUUUUAGUCAUUUUACUGCAUUUACAUAUAUGCAUGCACAUCGUUGGCUGUCUACAUAUAUAUAUAUAUAUAUAUAUAUAUAUAUAUAUAUACACACACAAUAUCAUCAGUCUGCUCUGUACUGAAAUCAGAACAGUGAUACUAAAUUAUAGGUCUUAAAUUAUUUAGAAAAGCUAAACAUGUGAGUAGCAGCUGUUACUCAAAUGUAAGUUUUUGGGAAAUUCAAUGUAUUUCAUCACUUUAAUGAUUCUUUUUUGCACUUUAAUGAUUUGAGAAUAAUAUUUUGUUUUAGUUGUGUUACAGAAAUCUACAACGUCAUAUGAAAUGUUGUUUCCAGCACUUGCUCCUGCAUAUAUACCUAAUUAUAGCCAUAUUUGGACCAAUGUCUUCGCCAUCAUUAUUGUUUCACCUCAAUUAGUGUCUGUAGUGACUCCAUUUAAAGCAGUUUCAUGAUAAAUGUUUCAUUUUUUAUCACCACAUGUGUAAUUUAUGUUGUAGAAAUAAAAAGGACCUUUUUCACUUCAUAUUUUAUCCAGUCAAUAAAAAAAAUAUUGUCACAAA